UGGCAGCGACCACAGUGCAUCUUCUGUGAGCAAGGGCUGUAUGUAGCUCAGCCUGGAGGAGCUGCUCUGUGCAGCAGUUGCGGUCGCAGCAGAGGGAGCCGAGGUGCUCUGGGCAGAGGAGGCCGGCGAUCGCAGCGUCAGUGCUGCAUUCCCCAAAGCCGCGGCCGCGCUAUGGGAAGUUCCCUGCACGCACUCAGCGGCGCUGCUCUUCACCCUCAAUUGUUGAUGAGCCCUGGCGCUGGUCAACGCACGGAAGACAGCCCAUUUUGCUUUCUUAGAGAUCGGGAUGAGAAAUGAGCUGCCGAGGGCAUUUGGCAGGGAGGAGAGGGAAAGGCAGUUUCGUGCCAGCAGCUAAGUUGUAGAAUUGCUUUGCAGGCUGCCCAGGGAGCACGAUAGAACUGACAAGAACAGACACCGUUGUAGACCACAGGCAUGCCUGACUGCACUUGAGUCUGAUCGCUGGGACGCAGCCUCCGCUCCUGCUCUAACUCUUGGUGGCUGCAUAAAGGAAACGAGACUAGAAACGUGAUCGCGAGUGGUAUUCCUGAAAGGAAAGCACAUACACCCCAAAAGGAGGGGAGGAACAGCCAAGCUGGUGUGUGCAAUUUUUUAAAAAGGAGAAUCCCUCAGAUGCUACAUGAAGUCAUGUGGGAAUGAGAGAGAUCAUGAAACCCCUCCUUCCAAGAGAGAAUGUCUUUCAUCAAUGGAACUUUGCUUCUGGUUUUUGCAAAACAUUGACAUUGUGGCAGAGCCAUGGCUGCCCUUCUUGCCAUUUUCAGUGAUUCAGAAAACAACUAAACAGUGAUGCUUGCCUUGGAUUUACAGAUUCUCACCCUGAUACCUUGUUUAUGUCUUUGGGGUAGAGAAGCUUGCACUAAUUGCUCUCCAUGGUGGCUAAUCUGUUCAAGGUUCUGAUCUUACCUUACAUACAAAAGCUUUGCAAAGGAAUGUUUACAAAGAAAUUGGAAAAUACAAUAAAAAAAAAAGAGAAUCGUCAGCAGAAAAAGGAUCAAGACCUUCUGACUGCUGGCCAGACCAAAACCCCCAAACUUUCUAAUACCUUGAAAAGCACUGUAAAGAAGCUUGCAAAGUGUUCAUCUACUCGCAACUUAUCCAUCGAAGAAGACGAAGCUAACAAAGAAUUUUCCCUCUCCCCAACAUUCAGUUACCGAGUAGCCAUUGCCAAUGGCCUACAAAAAACUAUUAACGUAACCAACAGUGAUAAUGAGGAUCUGCUUCAAGAGUUAUCUUCAAUUGAGAGUUCCUACUCAGGAUCACUCAAUGAACUAAGGAGUAGUACAGAAAACCAGGCACAACCAACACACAUGAUGCCAGUUAGACGUAAUAGGAAGAGUUCCAGCAGCCUGGCACCCUCUGAGGGCAGCUCUGAUGGGGAACGCACACUACAUAGCUUAAAACUAGGAGCUUUACGCAAACUGAGGAAAUGGAAAAAGAGUCAAGACUGUGUCUCCUCAGAUUCUGAGUUGAGCACAGUGAAGAAAACCUGGGGAAUAAGAAGCAAAUCUUUGGACAGAACGGCCCGAAAUCCGAAAACAAAUGCCUUGGAACCGGGAUUCAGUUCCUCUGGCUGUAUUAGCCAAACACAUGAUGUCAUGGAGAUGAUCUUUAAGGAGCUUCAGGGAAUAAGUCAGAUUGAAACAGAACUUUCUGAACUACGAGGGCACGUCAAUGCUCUCAAGCAUUCUAUCGAUGAGAUCUCCAGCAGCGUGGAGGUUGUACAAAGUGAAAUCGAACAGCUACGUACAGGGUUCGUCCAGUCUCGGAGGGAGACCAGAGACAUCCAUGAUUAUAUUAAACACCUAGGUCACAUGGGUAGCAAGGCAAGCCUGAGAUUUUUAAAUGUUCCCGAAGAAAGAUUCGAAUACGUUGAAAGUGUGGUGUACCAAAUUCUAAUAGAUAAAAUGGGGUUUUCAGAUGCACCAAAUGCUAUUAAAAUUGAACUUGCUCAGAGGAUAGGACACCAAAGGGACUGCCCAAAUGCAAAGCCUCGACCCAUACUUGUGUACUUUGAAACCCCUCAGCAAAGGGAUUCCGUCUUAAAAAAAUCAUAUAAACUCAAAGGAUCAGGUAUCGGAAUCUCUACAGAUAUUCUUACUCAUGACAUCAGAGAAAGAAAAGAGAGAGGGAUACCAUCCUCCCAGACAUAUGAAAGCAUGGAUAUAAAGCUGUCUACUCCAGAGCCCAAAGCCAAGAAGAACAAUUGGCAAUUACCUGAUGACAGUGAUAGAGAACUGGAUUCGGACCUCAACAGAAACAGUUAUGCUGUGCUUUCCAAGUCAGAGUUUUCAGCAAAAGCAACUAUUUCCAAGUCAAGUUCAAAAUCAUACAGUGCAAGAGCCAAGAAUAAAACUGCUGGUAGCAGCAGAAUUUCAAAUAAAUCAGAUUAUGGUAAAAUUUCCUCACAAUUGCCAGACUUGGAUAACUCGGAAAAACAAGCCACGGCCCAUUAUGCAGAUGCAACACCCCUCUGGCAUUCACAGAGUGAUUUUUUUACUCCUAAACUUAGUCGUUCUGAAUCAGAUUUUUCCAAACUGUGUCAGUCUUACUCAGAAGAUUUUUCAGAAAAUCAGUUUUUCACUAGAACUAAUGGAAGCUCCCUCCUGUCAUCUUCAGACCGGGAACUUUGGCAGAGGAAACAGGAGGGCACACCUACCUUGUAUGACAGUCCUCAGGGUUUACUUUCGAAUGGGGCUCUUCGGGGUGUCCAGGGACAGAGUGAAAUUGGGAACACAGAGACUGUGGAUAGUGGGAUGAGUAAUGGCAUGGCAUGUGCGUCUGGAGACCGAAGUCAUUACAGUGAUUCUCAGCUCUCUUUCCAUGAGGAUCUUUCUCCAUGGAAGGAAUGGAAUCGAGUAGAGCAAGGAGCUGAUUUAGGUUUAGAUUCAUCCACCCAGGAAGCUUUUGAUUAUGACACAAACAGCCUGUCUGAUCAACAACUAGAUGCUUACAAUAAAGACCUAGAAGAAGACUUGGGAAAGUGCCACAGUGACCUUCAGGAUGACUCGGAGAGCUAUGAUUUAACCCAAGAUGACAACUCAUCUCCAUGCCCAGGGUUGGAUAAUGAACCACAAGGCCAAUGGGUUGGCCAAUAUGAUUCUUAUCAGGAAGCUAAUUCUAAUGACUUGUACCAAAAUCAAAACCAGUUGUCCACAAUGUAUCGAAGUCAAAGUGAAUUGCAAAGUGAUGAUUCAGAGGAUGCCCCACCCAAAUCUUGGCAUAGUCGAUUAAGCAUUGACCUUUCUGAUAAGGCUUUCAGCUUCCCAAAAUUUGGAUCUACACUCCAGCGAGCUAAAUCAGCCUUGGAAGUGGUAUGGAACAAAAGCACACAGAGUCUCAGUGGGUAUGAGGACAGUGGCUCUUCCCUAAUGGGGAGAUUUCGGACAUUAUCCCAAUCAACUGCAAAUGAAUCAAGUACCACCCUGGACUCUGAUGUUUACACAGAGCCUUAUUACUACAAAGCAGAAGAUGAAGAAGACUACAGUGAACCAGUGGCGGGCAAUGGAACAGAUUAUGUUGAAGUGAUGGAACAAGUUCUUGCUAAGCUAGAAAACAGGACUAGUAUCACUGAAACAGAUGAGCCAAUGCAAGAAUAUGAUCACCCUUCUUACGAAACACCUUAUGAAACCCCACAAGAUGAGGGUUAUGAUGGGCAGGUAGAUGAUGUGGUUACUGAAGCAGGGUUGGAACCCUUCAGUGACACAUUAACUGAAAUGGAAAUAAAAGAAGAUGAAAAUCAAAACAUCCCUGAACAGCCCGUGGAAAUCACAAAGCCAAAGAGAAUCCGUCCCUCUUUCAAAGAAGCAGCUUUGAAAGCCUAUAAGAAGCAAAUGGCAGAACUGGAAGAGAAGAUCCUGGCCGGAGAUAGCAGUUCUGUGGAUGAAAAGGCUCGAAUAGUAAGUGGCCAUGAUUUGGAUGCUUCCAAAUUCUCUGCACUCCAGGCGUUUGGUGGGGCUGGGCGGGGUCUUUAUGGUAUUGAUAGUAUGCCAGAUCUCCGCAGGAAAAAAACUUUACCGAUUGUACGAGACCUGGCCAUGACCUUAGCUGCCCGGAAGUCUGGACUUUCCCUGGCUAUGGUGAUUAGGGCAUCACUAAAUAACGAGGAACUGAAAAUGCAUGUCUUCAAGAAGACACUGCAGGCACUGAUCUACCCUAUGUCCUCCACCACCCCUCACAACUUUGAGGUCUGGACAGCCACGACACCUACCUACUGUUACGAGUGUGAGGGCCUCCUGUGGGGCAUCGCCCGGCAGGGCAUGAAGUGUUUGGAGUGCGGAGUGAAGUGCCACGAGAAGUGUCAGGACCUUCUCAAUGCGGACUGCCUGCAGAGAGCAGCAGAAAAGAGUUCUAAGCAUGGUGCCGAAGACAAGACUCAGACCAUUAUUACAGCUAUGAAAGAAAGAAUGAAGAUCAGGGAGAAAAACAGGCCAGAGGUGUUUGAAGUAAUUCAAGAAAUGUUUCAGAUUUCUAAAGAAGAUUUUGUUCAGUACACAAAGGCAGCCAAACAGAGUGUACUAGAUGGAACAUCUAAGUGGUCAGCAAAAAUAACCAUUACAGUGGUUUCUGCACAAGGCUUGCAGGCAAAAGACAAAACAGGGUCGAGUGACCCAUAUGUUACAGUUCAAGUUGGAAAGAACAAAAGAAGGACAAAAACCAUUUUUGGAAACUUGAAUCCAGUAUGGGAUGAGAAGUUUUAUUUUGAGUGCCACAAUUCCACUGAUCGAAUCAAAGUCAGAGUGUGGGAUGAAGAUGAUGACAUCAAAUCCAGAGUCAAGCAACAUUUCAAAAAGGAGUCAGAUGAUUUCCUGGGACAAACAAUUGUGGAAGUGAGGACCCUGAGUGGAGAAAUGGAUGUCUGGUACAACUUAGAGAAACGGACAGAUAAGUCAGCUGUAUCUGGGGCUAUUCGAUUGAAAAUCAAUGUGGAAAUAAAAGGAGAGGAGAAGGUUGCUCCGUAUCACAUACAAUAUACAUGUUUACAUGAGAAUCUGUUCCAUUACUUGACUGAAGUGAAAUCUAAUGGUGCAGUGAAAAUCCCAGAGGUCAAAGGGGAUGAAGCCUGGAAGGUUUUCUUUGAUGAUGCUUCCCAAGAAAUAGUCGAUGAAUUUGCCAUGCGUUAUGGGAUUGAGUCCAUUUAUCAAGCAAUGACGCACUUUUCGUGUCUGUCUUCUAAAUACAUGUGCCCUGGUGUCCCUGCUGUCAUGAGCACCUUGCUGGCGAAUAUAAACGCUUUCUAUGCUCACACAACAGUUUCAACAAAUGUACAGGUUUCUGCCUCAGAUCGAUUUGCCGCUACCAACUUCGGAAGGGAAAAAUUUAUAAAGCUGCUGGACCAGUUGCACAACUCUUUAAGGAUUGACCUGUCAAAAUACAGGGAAAACUUUCCUGCCAGCAACGCUGAAAGACUGCAAGACCUGAAGUCAACUGUUGACCUGCUAACAAGUAUCACUUUUUUUAGGAUGAAGGUUCUGGAGCUGCAAAACCCUCCAAAGGCCAGCAUGGUGGUGAAGGACUGUGUCAGAGCUUGCCUGGAUUCUACCUACAAGUAUAUUUUUGACAAUUGCCAUGAACUGUAUUCCCAGCUAAUAGACCCGAGUAAGAAACAGGACAUUCCUCGGGAAGAGCAGGGACCAACCACCAAGAAUUUGGAUUUUUGGCCCCAACUUAUUACACUGAUGGUCACUAUUAUUGAUGAGGAUAAAACUGCCUACACACCUGUCCUGAAUCAGUUUCCUCAAGAACUGAACAUGGGAAAAAUAAGUGCUGAAAUUAUGUGGACCCUUUUUGCUCAAGAUAUGAAAUAUGCACUAGAAGAACAUGAAAAGCAGCGGUUAUGCAAGAGCACCGAUUAUAUGAAUUUGCAUUUCAAAGUGAAAUGGUUUUAUAAUGAAUAUGUGAGAGAACUUCCUGCCUUCAAGGAUGCUGUUCCUGAAUACUCCUUGGUAACAGAGCGCAACGACCUGCACCGCGGCCUUGCACCUGAGUGCCCUGCAGAGAAGCCUGGCUCUGUGGAUUGGAUGAUGGCGAAGACUAUCAAUAAAGUACUGCUUCAGUAUGCUGCAAUUUUAUCAAGUGAUUUCAUUUCGUAUUGUGAUAAGGAAAAUGUGCCCUGUAUAUUGAUGAACAAUAUUCAACAAUUGCGGGUCCAGUUGGAAAAAAUGUUUGAAUCCAUGGGAGGGAAAGAGCUAGAUCCUGAAGCUAGUACUAUUCUAAAAGAGCUUCAAGUUAAACUCAGUGGGGUUCUGGAUGAGCUCAGCGUCACUUACGGUGAAAGUUUCCACCUUAUCAUUGAAGAGUGUAUAAAACAGAUGGGGUUUGAACUAAAUCAAAUGAGAACAAAUGGAAACACUGCGUCUAAUAAGAACAGUGCAGCAAUGGAUGCAGAGAUUGUAUUAAGACCACUCAUGGAUUUCUUGGACAAAACGAUCUCUACUGAGAGAGGCCACUUGAAGCGUCCAAGCAGUACAAGUUUAGUGAUGAGAAUAGAAAGACAGCAGCAAAACAGUAUAGUUGAAACUAUACCAAAGAAAUAUACUCAAUACUUUCAUGCUGGAGGAAAUGGCCUCAAAAAGAAUUUCUUGGAGAAAAGCCCAGAUCUACAGUCUCUGAGAUAUGCUCUCAGUCUGUAUACCCAAACUACUGAUGCCUUGAUAAAGAAGUUCAUAGACACCCAAACCUCACAGAGGUUGUGCCACAUUAAGCAGUCAGUUCCCAAGACUAUGUUUGACUUGAUUGAGCAUAAACUUUUUGCUCAAAAUUCAUAUUUUUAUUCACACAGCAUUCUGGGUAAUGAAAACCGUCCAGGGGCCUAUGAACUUCAUCUCUCAGUUAAGGAUUACUGCUUUGCCCGAGAAGAUCGAAUUAUCGGAAUGACAGUAAUUCAGCUACAGAACAUAGCAGAAAAGGGAAGCUAUGGGGCAUGGUAUCCUCUUUUGAAAAAUGUCUCUGUGGAUGAGACUGGUUUGACUAUCCUUAGAAUACUUUCUCAGAGGACCAGCGAUGAUGUGGCUAAAGAAUUUGUAAGACUUAAAUCUGAAACCAGGUCUGCUGAAGAGAGUGCUUGAAAAGAAUACUGAUGGUAUCAUCUUUGAGACUUCAUCAACUAUAAUUGUUUGACUGCUGCAUGCGUGUGCAAAUACAUGGCAAUGUUUAUUUUACUACGUUUAAGUGUUUGCCAGUACUAACAUACAAUGUCUACAAGGUAUGUGGAAAACCUGCUGAACUUUUGUACCAUUUCUGGUCUUUGGGUAAUAAACGUUCCAUGAAGUGCCAAAAUUAUAAAGUGAAAUACCCAGAAUAUCUUUUUAAAUAUUGAUUUCAUUACCAAUUUCUCAUCAGUUAAGCAUACUGAAAAACAAUGAUUCUUUUGAGUUUUUCUAUUAGUUGUCUUGUUAAAUUAGUUUAUAUUGCCCAUGGCUUAGAAGGGAUUUGUUACUCAAAUUCUGUUUGAUUUGGACUUACCUCAUUGUAGAUGUCUUACAAAUACCCUUUUCUACCAUAACUAGAAACGCAGUCACUUCUAGAAAGCAUUUGUAAUUUUAUAGUUGCAGAUAUAUUGUGAUGAUUUUUGCAUACAAAUUAAAAUAGAAAAGGUGGGGAAAUAUUUUAUGCUGACAAGUUUCCAACCUUUCUGAAAUAUCACUGUGAAGAAAUGCUAUUAAAGCAAACUUAUACAAAGCAAUGCUAAACAGAGUUUGUUAACAAUGUUUGAUAUAUUAACAACAUUUUGUUCUUCAAACCUGCCAAGGUCACAUCACAUUUGUAAAAAAGGUAAGUUGAUGCAUUUGUCAUCUAGCAUUACAAGUAUGUCUUGGCUUUACCAAAUUUCAUUUUUUAGAAAGUCAUGGGAUUAAUGGUUUAGAAAUACAGUGGAAGGUUUUUUUUCUUAAAAUUACCUAUGAUAAGUACUAUGCUGUUAGUGUUUUCCCUCUGACAGUUAUGACUAUAUCCUUAUUUAUUUACUUAGCACUAUAUAAUCUGUUAAAUGCUUUUUUUCUUUUAAAAAUACUUAACAAUUUAUACUGAAUGCAGCAUCCCUAUAUUGCACUAUAGCAAAAAGUCAUGUCUUCCUCUAUUUAGUGAAAAAUGUAAAAUAAAGUCUGAAGAAAUUGCUUAGAAAAAUAACUUAGUGCAGUAAGGUCCAUAAGACUAUAAGUAGGCUGAGUUUUGAAUACGAAGUAGUUUAUGAAUACUUGCAUUUUCUGUAUCUUUAUGGUUUGACUUUUUAGAGUCUGCAUCUGAAUACUUCCUUGGCUGUAGAACAGUACUUUGUAACUUAUGGUCAUAACUGUUAGUGGACAACAACACAGGCAGAAACAAGAGCCGGUUAUAGUGAUUGUGUUUUGCAAACAAGCUAGCUGGUCCAUGUUAAGAACAGAAAUGAAUGUAAUCAUGACUUUCAGAACCAUUCUGUUACUGGGUGUGAAAACAGACCAGUAAGAUACACUGAUUCAUGUUCAAUUGUUAGGCAAUUGCUUUGUUAAUGACUUCUCCAAAUGCAUAGUACAAUGUGAUCCUCGGGCAUAUGCAUUAAUAAACGGAUGUCUAUUGCAAACAAGCAACA